UUAAUAUUGAUUUUAUGUAUAGUUUACCAUUAUCUUGUCAAAUUGAUCAAACAAGACAAUCAAAUAAUAUAAUACAACAAAUAUUAUCUGAUAAAUAUAUUGAUUGUAUUAAUUUUUGUGAUCAAAAUGUAUUAUGUGCAUUAUGGAAUUGGCAAUUAGUAAAUAAUCAAACAACAUGUUUAUUAUAUAGUGAUGUACCAUACAAUGUCUAUAUACGUGAUAAUAUCGUUUGGGAAAAAACACCAGCAAAUGGUCAAUAUUCAUUAUGGCCAUUUCUAUCAUCUAAUCAAAUAAUGACAGCUACAGUUGAUAAUGAUAUUAAUCAUUUAUUAAAUGGUUUUGUAACAAAUGGUGGAUGGUAUGAACAAACACAAAUAAAACAAUCGGAUUUACCCAUAGAUAAUUAUUAUUCAUUAAUAUUUAAUAAUGUAACACAUGUUGGACAAUCAAUUGAUAUAGGUGAAAAUACAAAUCAAUUAGAAAUAAUUAUAAAAGAUAUUUUAACAUUACAUAAUAUUUAUAUUAAUUCAAGUUUACCUGAUUAUUUAAUUGAUUCGUUAAUUAAUAGUGUAUCACAUAUGCGUAGUGCAAUGUAUUUUGCUAAUGGCGAUUGGCGUCAACGGGAAGCCUAUGAUUGUAAUGAUGUUGAUAGUGUACAUAAUGAUCAUCAACAUGAUGGUAUGAUACAAGAAUCAUUUACAGUUGGUUGUAUGGGUGAUACACAACCAUAUGAUACACAUGGUGGAAGAAGAAUGGGAGAUGUAACAACAAUAUUUUUAUUAGAAACAUUAGAAUUAUAUAAAUGGACAAAUGAUAGUAUAUUUUUAAAUGAUAUGUAUCCACGUGUAUUAGAUGUAUGUACUUAUGAUAUACCAGGUUUAGAUCAAUAUCCAACAACAACAUUUAAUUCAUUUAUGCAUUUAGCUGCAAUGGGUGCAUGUAUGCAAUUA